UGAAACGCGAGCCUCGCGCGUCACGUGGCUCGCUGAGAGCGCGACCCGCGCGGAGCGAGGGGGAUUGUGGGACGUGGCUGGGAGCGCAGUAACGGAGCUCUGCGAGGAGGAGGAGGAGAGUCCGGGCCGCUCUGCCUCACUCCGUCUCGCUCGCUCGCUCGCCCUCCCGGCAUGAGGCGAUGGCACCCAGACCCUGCACCCCCAAGAGGCUCUGCGCCCUCAUCUGCAUCAUCACGACCUUGUUGCUGUUGGCUUGGGCUCUCCGGAUCUCUGACUUGCAGGUGAUUCCUCCCUCCUCCGCUGUCCCCGCGGAGCUCACCGAGCCUCAGCAGCGUCGGCAGCAGCUGAUGAAACAGGAGCAGCAGCAUCCGCAGCAUCAUCAUCAGCAGCAGCAGGGGCGGGUGGAGGAAGCUGGCCCCGAGGACGCACCGGUGCCCUCCGAUCAGGGUGCAGGGCGCAGCCCGGAGCCCACUGCGGCGCGACACCGACCGCCCGGCGGCACGCAGCACACCAGAGCGCCGCCCGGCAGGCCUCCCGAACGAGGGCAGCGCCGCACCACGCCUGGCGCCAGACGGCCGCUCCCCGCCAGGCCUCUCCGCGGCUACGUGGGCGUCCCGCACGGGGAGCCGCUGCGCCUGCGCUGCGGGGACUGCGCCCUCGUGUCGAGCUCGGGACAGAUGCUGGGCACCGGCGCGGGUCGCGACAUCGACGGCGCCGAGUGCGUGUGGCGCAUGAACAACGCGGUGCUCGCCCCGCGCUACCGCGACGACGUGGGCGCCCGCACGAGCGUGCGCGUGGUGUCCCACACGAGCGUGCCGCUGUUGGCGCGCGCCGCCGCCGCCUUCUUCGGCAACGGCAGCGACAACACGCAGGGCAACGCCACGUACGUGGUCUGGGGCCCCCGCAGGAACAUGCAGCGCGACCCGCCGGGCACCGUUUACCGCACCCUGCUGGCGCUGAAGUCGCGCUUCCCUUGGGCGCAAAUCUUCACGCUCACCGACGAGCAGAUGCAGCGGUGCGAUGAGAUCUUCAAGAACGAGACGGGCAAGGACCGACUGAAGUCGGGCGCGUACCUCAGCACGGGCUGGUUCACCAUGGUGCUCGCCAUGGAGGUGUGCGACAGCAUCCACGUGUACGGCAUGAUCGACGACGCCUACUGCAGCCGGCCGAAUGCACGCACGGUGCCCUACCACUACUACGACCCUCAGGGACGCAACGAGUGCAGCGAGUACGCGGUGCACGAGAGGGCGCGCACCGGCGCUCACCGCUUCUUCACCGAGAAGGCCGUGUUCGGCCGCUGGGCCAAGCACCACCGCAUCGCCUUCUCCCACCCCACGUGGCCCACACCCCCAGCCUGAGCCUCAUCGUCCUGACCAUUGGCCGGAUCCGGAAUCAUACAAAAUCCCGAACUGGAUUUUUUAUUAUGCCCGUAAUGGAUUUUGUCUGAUUAUGAAAUCCAUCCUGGAUCCAGAUGAUCUGUAAUCGCCCGCCUGAUCCUCAUCAUCUGAACUAUCGGUGAGAUCUGGUUGAUCUGAAAUCCUGAACCAGUUUUUUUAUGAUGCUUGUGCUGGAUUUGGACUCAUCGGUUAGAUUCUGAUGAUCCAAAACCCUGAACUGGAUGAUAAAGAUUCCUUUGCCAGAUCUAGAUCAUCUGAAAUACCAUCCAGAUCCAGAUUAUCCAAAACCCUGAACUUAAUUUUUUAUGAUUCCUGUGUGGAAUCCGGAUGAAUUUUACCCUUAGCCAGAUCGAGGUGAUCUGGACGAGAUGAUGAUCCACUGCAUAUGCUCUGAUCUGGAUAAUACGUGAGUCAGGAUCCACAUAGCCCGAACCCUGAGCCGGGUUGCAUGUGCAGGCCAGCAACAGCAGCAGUCGUUCUCUUCACCGCUGGAGAUGAAGUUGAUUUGGAGGGGGGUGGGGUGGGCGGGGGGUGUAUUCUCCCGUCCCUCUGCUUCACCUCUGCCUUCACAGUCGGCACGACGACCACCUCAAGCGAGAGCCGGAGAGACCGCCGCCCUUUCCCGGGGUCACGACCCCGACCGCCUGUGACUCGUCUCUCUCCGUUCUCGACAAAAACACACAAAACAACAAAAAUGCCUUUUUAUUUCAUGCUUACGUCGCUGCUGCCACUCGCUAGCCCGUCGCGGGUUACGCGACGCACAGCCGAUUUACUCCGCAAACUGAAGGACAAUUUUAUUAACUAGAAUUUCAGGUGCACAACUCCCCCCACACACACACAUAACGGAGAGGUGAGUGGCUCCGGUCGUGUGCCACCGUUAAUGACCAUGGCGGCGUAUUCCAAUCAUGCUCAAGAACACAAAACAUAUACGACCAUUAUCUCUUACCCACAGGGUCCGGUGGUUGUGUACCGCUGACUCCAACCUCACCGAGAUGCUGCGAAAAAGGGCUGGGGGUCGGGGGGGGGGCUUACACUCACAUUGACACCACCGAAUUUACACGGGGAAGCCACAAGUACUCGUUGGAGAGGCCUCACAUCUAACGCGGAGAUGGGUGGGGAUGGAAUUAUUUAGAUUGGACCCAGAUGGGUGGAACAGCGGUUGGGAGUUGCCGAGUCCGCGUCGCAUGGGUUUGAAUCAAACCAUAAUCAAUAACAUCAAUAUCCGUUUGCUAUGGACCAUGUAGUAUCACGGCCAUAUAUAAAAUGAAUACAGUAUAUGGUCGUGAUGCUGAAUUGGUGACAAUGACGAUGGUCAUUGUCAAGGUACUUCGAUGAUAACGGCGAUGCCGUCAGGAUGUGACCCCGCUGUGUCCACCACCCUUGGUGGCACCACGGGCCGCGGCUGCCGUGCGCGCUCCCGCACGCGGCCGCCAGGGGGCGGACGUCGCCCGCGGCUUCCUGGGGGCCCCGCUCCGCAGUGGCGCACGGGUCCGUUGUGUUCGUAGGCCGCGACCGAGACCACAGGGCUUGCAUAGCGGCCCCGCCGGGAAGGGCGCGCCUCACCCGGCAGGGCCGUCGUGCCCAGGCGGGUAACUGUUAGCGCUCGUUACCCAAGCGGGUAACUCUUAGUUCUGGGUAAGGCUUUGAUCAAUUUCGCCGGAUUUUCUCUCGAGUAAGUGCCUAAGAGCAGCACAACUUUCUACUCAAAUUGUAUUCGUAUUGGAUCACAUCUGCGAUAAUUGUUUGUCGUAGGCCGAUUUUGAGACAGCGGUGCUCUCGUAGCGGCUCUGCCGGGGAGGGCGCACCUCUGCCGGCAUGGCCGUCACGCCGAGAAGGGGGUGGUGUGGGGGGGGGGGCUCCCAUAUUACAGUAUUUAUUUGUGUCCAAUUUCUUCAAAACCCUUAGAAGAAUUUCGCCAAAGUUCCUCUCCGUUACGUCCCUGGCACUACCCAACACAACUUGAUGCCAAGAGUUGUGUCGGGGCUGGAGCAUCGUCCAAACGUGACCAUCCCUCCCCCCUCCUCACUCUUCACACCGACAGACAUCUUCUGCGCUGCAGCGACAAAACGCAAUUCUCGUCAAGAACGCCGUGGCCUAUCGUCGGCGACGUUUCGGGCAAUGACCCUUGUUCACAGCACAAAGAGAGCGGAUAAGAGUUGCAGACCGCUUUAUAGCUCAUCGGAUUCCUGCAGUAUAAAGAUUCUGAUCUCCGUCCAGGAGGAGGCAGUCGCACAACCAGUGGAUCCAUAAUACCGGCGAGCUGGCCUCUCACGAAUUGGCAUGUUCCGUUUACACGACAAACCUUACUGCUUCGUUGUGGCGGGUUUAAGGACACAUUUAUAUAUUUAGGCGAUCUAACCCAAAAAAAAAACGUAUGGAUGAUAUUGGUCGCGAAAGCCUCCGUGUUAAACUAAUCGCCAUCUGUUUCCAUCUGUACGGGGAUAGAGUGUGUGCUCCGGGUGCUCCGGCUGAACGCAUCUUACACAUAACGCAAUGCAGGACCCUGCUGAAAGAGAGUGCUACUACUUAGCGUGGCCCGCCUGGAUAGAUACAUCAGUAAAAUAUAAAUUUGGUCCCGCUGAGAAUUACAUAAUACAAAUGUGUCCUGAUGAACAGUAUUUAUACCCUUAGCUGUCAACCCAACUGGUUUACCCGUAUUCUUGUAAAGGGCACUUGAGUUUUCAGGUCCAUACAGCGUACAGCCGUUUUAAUAUGGGCAAAACAAAAUUGUCUAUUUGUGUUUCUCCCUUGUGAUGGGACUUUGUAGAGUGAACGUUGAGUCUGAAUUGGUCUGUAUUAAGGUAGGCAGUGAUAAGGGAUUGACAACUAUGCAUACCAUCCGCUUAGUGAUUCAUUCCUGGGCUUAGUUCUCAUGAGGAUGUGUCGAGGUUGUUAUUGUUAAUUGUACUUGUGUACCAGUGCCAACGCAGCAGCAGCAGCAGCCACAACAACACGAAAUCACCUUGACAAAGACAGCCUGAUUCUAGAUUUGAAGCUUUCGUGACUGCAAGGAUUCAUAUUCUUAGGUUUUUUUCGGUAAAGUCACGUAGGUAAAACAUCAACAUCAAAAUUAUUUUAUUUUAUUUUUUAUUAAUUUUGAUGUUUUACCUACGUGACUUUACCGAAAAAAACCUAAGAAAAAGAUAGCCUGGGCCACGGGGCGCGGUGAUGACAACCGGGCGUGGUGGGGCUGUGGGUCUGCAGGUGGCAACUGCCCCACUCGACCACCAGGUGGUGCUAAACCCCGCACGUGCCUAUGAGAAAGUGUUAGAACCAUGUUGUUGUUCAGUGUUCGGCGUGGCUGGCUGUUGCCGCUUUUAGGCGAGUGCCAAACUGUGUAAGCUCUCCGAUGUGUCGUCGCGUUGUUUGGUGGAUGAUGUCCGAUGUUUCGCUCCACGUGCCGGGGAGCAUCUUUACGCGAACUGAACUGAUCAGCUCUCCGGGUGACCUCGGUUUGUGCCCUCGUACUCACUCGUACGUACGAGUGAGCAGCUUUAUCCGGGCACUGCGGUUUGCUCCCGGACAAAGCAAAUCAGCAACUUCAAAUAGUGUAAAAGAUCGAAGCGGCAACACCGGUUCUGCUUAAGUCAGCUCCUGAAGAAGCUACCGGCGCACAGGACGGGAACUUCGUAGACUUCGUACUUUUGACAAAGUACGAAGACUUCGUACAGAGCCACACACAAUAGUAAUUAUAACACUGUGUGUAGUAGUGUUAUUAUUAUUACUAUUGCCAAACGCAAGAUGAGGCGGGGUGAUAAGUUCAGGCAUGCCCCGGCCGCCCCCCUUCCACCCACGAAUCGUAGGUGAUUAAUGGAAUGGAGGAACCCGUUAAUUUGAAGGGUGGCCUGCACGUUCGACAGAGCUGAUUUAAUUAAGGGCUGACACGUCCGGGCGUGAUGGAUGCGCUGUGUCUUGCCUUGGCAGCGUGUAAGUGGCCAUGGGCUCACUGAUGGGGCCUGAUUAUCACGAUGACCCAUAUAACACUAAACUUUAUUUUGGCUGUCUGUGACAGUGCACUGCUUUGCUGAUGAGCUCCAGUGAUCAUGAAGACACGUGUGCUAUAGAUAUAGGAAUACUGUACUGGCCUUGGCAGCACGUAAGUGGCCAUGGGUCACUGACGAGACAAAAUGACCAUGAUGACCCAUAUAAGACUGACGUUAACUUGGCAGUCUUUAGCUUUGCUAAUGAGACGGUGAUCAUGAAGACACGGCACUCGAGUGUCUGUGAAGGUCUGUAUGUGGAUAUAGUCUGCUGAUGAACUCUAAUAAUUAUGAAGACACUGGUAAUGCCCCAGUGUGUCUUCGGAAGUAUAUAGCUUGCUGAUGAGUUAGAAUGAUGACGAAGACCCAUAUAACCAUCCGUGCUUGUCUUGGCAGUGUGUAAGUGGGCAUGGCCUUGUUUAUGAACUGUGGUGGUCAUUAAGACACAACACUAUUGUAUACUAUUGUCAGCCUGUAGCUGGGCAUAAUGCACUGAUGAGACUCAAGAACUACGAAGAUCAAUAUAACACUCCGUGCUUGCCUUUGCAGCAUAUGAGUAAGCAUGGCAUGCUGAUGGGCACUAAAGGUUAAGAUGACUUUUAUAACAAACUGUUUUCCUUGGCAUUCUACAGGUGGGCAUGGUCCUGCUGAUGAUUUCUAAGGAUUACGAUGACCCAUCGGAAACACGAGCACAUUCUGAUUCGUAAUAAUUUUCUUUUGGUUUAGAUCGUGUAGGUAUAAUGUCAGCGAGAGCUGAGCUUUGUUCACGCCUGAUGAUGCUGGAUAUAAUCUCCAGAUAAGCAUCGUUCAUGUGCAGUUGUCAACAUGUUGCUUGGACCUUCCUCCCUCCCUCUGGUCUGUGCUGAAAACCCAAAUCACUCGGCCACAAUCGUCCACGUGACAACGUGAGUUGAUUGGCUCUGUCGCUCGGUGUGGGGAGGGUUACGGUCAAUACAAUUCACAUUUUUACAGGCACGAUCUCACCCAAAAUAAACUCGUUAUGAAUCGUAAUAUUGUUGGCGAAAAGCCGUCGAAUAUAAAAGAACCACAAUGCUACGUGCAGUCUGUGAAGGCUACGUCUUACGUACUUUGCCUUGGCAGUCUCAAAGGUGGGCAGAUCGACCGCGCGUCUCGCACGCUCUGGGCGAACUAACGCCUUCCUUUGAAGAAAGUGUCCACCGAUAGUAUUUAACAUAUUUAUAAAUGUUCGUGUUGUCGAUGGUUGGAGCCCCAUCGAGGCGACUUCACUCCGUGUGGGAGGCACACACCCAGUUGUUACUACAAAAGGUGCAAUCAGGGCUUCAUUUCUCGUGGGGUGUAAUCUUUUUUUCCGGAGUUCAGCCCCGGACAGCUCCGAUUGAAGUUAGAAAUUAAGCCCUGCGUGUGAUAUAUAUUUUAUAACUUAAUAUGAUACGAAUGACCUUGCAGUGUUUUUUUUGUAACUUGUAAUAAAAACAGAAAUAUUAUAUUCUUCGGCUGAUAAGACGCUCUGGAAAGUAAGACGCACUCCAAAACGUGUGCCCCUUUCAAUAAAGUUAUACAGAUCUGGUCACACACACAAAA